GCUACUCACACGCUUUCAGCGUGUUUGAGGUCACAAUGUCCGGACGUGGUAAGCAAGGCGGCAAGGCUCGCGCCAAGGCCAAGACGCGCUCCUCGCGGGCGGGUCUCCAAUUCCCGGUGGGCCGUGUGCACCGCCUGCUCCGCAAGGGCAACUACGCCGAGCGGGUCGGGGCCGGCGCGCCCGUGUACCUGGCGGCCGUGCUGGAGUACCUGACGGCCGAGAUCCUGGAGCUGGCGGGCAACGCGGCCCGCGACAACAAGAAGACGCGCAUCAUCCCGCGCCACCUGCAGCUGGCCAUCCGCAACGACGAGGAGCUCAACAAGCUGCUGGGCCGCGUGACCAUCGCGCAGGGCGGCGUCUUGCCCAACAUCCAGGCCGUGCUGCUGCCCAAGAAGACCGAGAGCCACCACAAGGCCAAGGGCAAGUAGUGGCCCAUAUAUAACCGUUGACGAUAGCUCGCGUAAGCGGAGUCCAAACCAAAGGCUCUUUUCAGGGCCACCUAUAUUUUCUGAAGAAGAGUUUAACAUUUGUUUUUAUACUGAAUGAGAAAAUGAAACAUACUGAAAUUGCGCGCCAUUCUUACCUGUUCUUUAUCCCGGGUUGAAAGCAACACCGUACGCGAAAGCCUAAAUCUGCAGUGGAGGAUAGAUUUUGCCCCGUUUGAAAAGGAAUUUGCGGUAAUUGGAAAAAGACACCUUGCGUACCUUGUUCAAUUGUUUACCUAGUGAGUUCGCGUCUACAGCUAUAAGCUUUUGUCAGUGAAAUUUUCUGGUGCACAAAAGCGUCCCUGGCUGAGUUUAGCAGACGGCGCAGCAAGCAGCUGGCCACCAAGGCGGCCCGCAAGAGCGCGCCGGCCACCGGCGGCGUCAAGAAGCCGCACCGCUACCGGCCCGGCACGGUGGCCCUGCGCGAGAUCCGGCGCUACCAGAAGUCCACCGAGCUGCUGAUCCGCCGAGCUGCUCAUCCGCAAGCUGCCGUUCCAGCGGCUGGUGCGCGAGAUCGCGCAGGACUUCAAGACCGACCUGCGCUUCCAGAGCUCGGCCGUGAUGGCGCUGCAGGAGGGCGUGCGAGGCCUACCUGGUGGGGCUCUUCGAGGACACCAACCUGUGCGCCAUCCACGCCAAGCGCGUCACCAUCAUGCCCAAGGACAUCCAGCUCCAUACAGGUCAAUGGAGAGCUUCAUUAUAGGACAGUCUUCCCCCAUCCAAAGGCUGUCAAGAGUCACAUCCAUUUUUCCUAACAGCACACAUGCUUUGAGGCACUGCUCUCACCACCACCCUCGAUGUUGCCAAAUGAAAUGCAAUAUUGGGAUCCCAUUGGUAGGUAUGACACCAUUCUGGAGCCCGAGAAAAGUUUCUCACAUUUGGCAUGAGCCUAAAAAAGUCGGGGCUGUUGCUUCAGGGUAAUUUCUGUCACACCUUAAACUACUCAAAACAUUUAAGGGAUGUUUCCCAUAACUAGUAACUAGUGCUAUUGAAACGUAAAGUGCCCCUAAUCACACAGGCUGUUCUGCCUUACAGGCCUCAAGGUCCCAGUGGAGUAAGGAAGAUACCCUUAAGUAGCGGAUUCUGGUACGGUUUGACAAAGGGCUGCUUAGGAAUGAAGCAUCCGUGUGGUGGGCUCUGACAACCCCCGGCCUCUCCUCCCAGGAGGAAGGUCCGUUGAUAAGCACCACACCUAACUUUUCUUGCUGUUGUAACAAAAUAAGGAAAACCCCUGCCUAGGUUUUUAUUGCCCAGAGCAGAGUCUUGCCUCCUACUCCGUGUUCACUGAACUCCUUUAACUGAUGUCAUUUCAAAAAGGAAAAAAAAAAAAAAAACAUUCUUAGCAGUUUUUUCUUCGUCAUGGACACCCUUGGGUGCCUGGUGACAUUUAUGGAAAUCCUUCUCAGAAUAAUAUUUGAAGUGCAUAAAAUGCAAACAUUGCAAAAAAUGCAUCCCAUAAUUUAUCACUAUUUUUAAGAAUAAAUUUGAUAGGACUGACACGUGUGCCUCAAUAGUGAACACAUUACAUAAUACAAUCUUGGUGAGCCUAAUGACUGCCAUCAAUAAGUAAGCGAGUAAAUAAAGGUUCAAGAUAA